UGUUCUUUUUACUCUGGGAAGGAAGUGCACAGGUUGAGGUGACACUGGUUCACCCCAGUGAGGCAGUCACAGAACUUCGCAGACUGAACACAGAACAGCCCGACAGGAUGUGCUUCGUGAGCCAGUUCCGCUCAGGCUCAGUUACUGAAACUACCAAAUGUCACGUAUGUUUGCGUCCAACCCAGCAGCCUGUGUGCAACUACACUGACCUCCAAACAGGUGAGCCGUGGUUCUGCUACAAGCCAAAGAAUCUGAGUUGUGAUGCCAGGAUCCUCCACUUAAGGGCUGGAUAUCAGCAAAUCACAGCAAUGGACCAGCUCUUUCAGAGAGGUGUCAAUAUGAAAGUCUCCAUUCCAGCUUCAGGACCUGCCGGUGUCACUGUUUUGCCCAAGAAGAAAGAUAAUUCAGAGGAGAGCAGCAAUAGUGUUGGACCUGGACCCUCUGGCUAUUACUACCAGGGUGUGUGGAGAGCACUAGAUGACACCACAGUUCAUCAAUUCAACACUCCAUCAGCCAUCACUCAGUGUCUGAAGGGAAAGGUGGUUCACUUGUAUGGAGACUCCACCAUCAGGCAGUGGUUUGAAUACUUUAUUGCAACAGUACGAGAUCUCAAGGAGUUUAACUUGCAUAGUGAGAAGAAAGUUGGACCUUUUAUGGCUCUGAACUAUGAAAACAACAUCAUGGUGACUUACCGUGUGCACGGGCCUCCUCUCCAUUUUACCAAAGUGCCAACCAGCGAGUUGCGUUAUAUUGCCAACGAGUUAGACAAUGUGAUUGGAGGUAGAAACACCGUUGUAGUUAUUGGCAUCUGGGCACACUUCUGCACUUUCCCCACUGAGAUCUACAUCCGACGGUUGCAGAGCAUUCGGAGGGCAGUGGUCUUGCUUCUGUCCAGGGCUCCAGAUACACUGGUUGUUAUUCGGACUGGAAACCCCAAAGCUUUGAAACUUCAUGAAGUACUAACUAACAGCGACUGGUACUCACUGCAGAGAGACAAAGUGCUCAGAGCCAUGUUUAAAGGACUGAAUGUCAAUCUGGUGGAUGCCUGGGAGAUGGUCUUAGCCCAUCACCUGCCACAUCAGCUCCACCCACAAUUCCCCAUUAUUAAGAACAUGAUUAACGUUCUCUUGUCCUACAUAUGCCCUCAAAAGGAUGGCUAGAUUAUUAACAGGCCAGCCACAGAUGAGACUGACUACAUUCUUUUUUUUAGUACUAAUUCUUGGUGGCAAAAACAGCAAUCAUGUUUUUUCAUCAUUAACAUGAUGGAGUGCAGCUAUAGAAAGGGUGGGGUGGGUAUAUACUCUGCAUCAUUGGGUUAUCAAGCAGUAUUCCAUGAUGUACCGAAACUCCAUGUCCAUGCCAACUCUCACACGUACAAACAUACAUUUAUUUUUAAAUUCACUAAACAAAAAUAAUUAUUAAUUGUUAACCCUUUAAAGCCGGUCGGAGCGGGCACGCUCCGUUUUGCGUAACUAUUUUUAAAUCUCGGUAGCACUGUAACCAUGUAAGCUAGCGCAAUAAUUUUUUUUGCAUAUGAAACCGGAGGAGUUGUACUUACAUCUUAUGCCAUCAACUUGUCAUGGUUUCCUUCCACACAUGGCUUUGCAAAAAUUGCAUAAAAAGCACUUGCAGCAACAAAAACAUAUUCCAGAAACACGCUUUACCGAUCCAAUCAGCUGUUCGUAACACUUCCUACGUCCAUCAGUGCGAACUAUCGCAUGUCUGCCAUGAUCUGCCCGAAACCGGAAGUGACAUCAUUUUGUG